CAGUGCAGUGCGCUAAGGUUGAAAAUGUUAUGGCGGAGUCUGGCUCCAAUGUUGAAAUCGUGGAGGGGAGGUUACGUGAAGUUCUGACUCCCCUUGGCUUCGAGGUUUAUCCUUUACAGGUGGGCUGGUACAAUGCAGUGUUGCCGCCCUCGCUGCACCUCGGCCACCCCAGCGACACGCUGGCCGCGGUGGUGCUGAGCGCCCCCGCCAUGUUCGAAUCCAGCUUCCUUCCCUUCCUGAGGAGCCAGGCGUGCGGCAGUGUCAGGGACCCCAUCGACCAGUGCGUGGCACACUACCUCCCCCGCGCCGUCGCCCAGUGUUUCCCGGGACAGCAGGUAGAGAUCAGCUAUGACUAUGAGAUGCUGCCCAACCGGAAGCCCAAGUUUCUGGCCCAGACCGCCGCCCAUGUGGCCGGAGCAGCGUACUACUACCAGCAGCGGGAUGUUGCUGACAACCCCUGGGGGAACAAGAAAAUGUUCGGCGUGUGCGUGCACCCCCGGUUUGGCGGCUGGUUUGCCAUCCGUGCCCUGCUGGUGUUCCCGGGGGUGGGAGCAGCCGGGCUGGAGCAGAGGGACCCCCCGGACUGCGUACCCACUCGCGAAGACCGGAUCCGGCUGCUGGAGAGAUUCAACACCUGCUGGCAGGACUGGAGCUACCGGGACGUCGUAGCCCCCGCAGAGCGGUACUCCGAGAAGCAGCGGGCCUACUUCUCCGCCCGCCCGGCCGAUCGACUCGCCCUGCUCCGAGACUGGGGGCUCCUCCGCAGUGAGGACCCAGGACAGCGCGCGUCCCCCACUCCUGCAGAGCCUGGUAGCCACAAAGGAGGUCUUCUGGAGUUUACAGUCCUAGAGGGCACCAGGAGCUUCUUCAGGUUUAUAUUCCAGCCAUACUCCUGAUUGGACCAGCGAUGGAGUUAAUUUCUCAAUCAUUAACCACUUCUUUAGCACAGCUGUAAAAACUGAGGGACCGAGAUUCUACAGAACGAAAGAUGGGGAUCGCUACAGUUCUUGAUGGGGGGGUUCACUGCUGUAAAUGCAAUAAUCCUCAGGCAAAACCAACAGAAACCCAUCAAGUUCCAAAUCUGAAAUGCUGUACACUGCUGUGCAAAACGUCUCGACAAUUUGCAUUAUAUUCUGGCGAUGUUUUCCUUUGUUUAUGCAGAAACACCAGUCUUUGAUGGACAUUCUAAUGAAACUUAGCCAUGUUAAGAGCCUUGAUAAAUCUUAACACAAAAAGUAUUGUUUCAGCUUCAUGGAUCUGUCGGGAGGAACACUGACCUGUGUCAAGGACAGCUAAUUGGUAAAUGGGACGGAUUAGGUGCUAUCCUUUACCUGGAAUUGUUGUGAUCAGGUUUUUGAAGAUGCUGAUGAAGGUGCAUUAAAGAUUGUUAAUGACAAA